AUGGCCUCCAACAACCCCGACUCCAGCGCAAACCAGUCCGCCACCUCGGAGGACGCCAAGGGCGACGUCAACGCCGCUGUCGAGGAGCUCCUGAAUACCAUCUCCAACAAGUUUGCCGGGGUGUCGAGUGAGAUCUUUGCGAAGAUGGACGAAAUGUCGCGCCGUCUCGAUAACCUUGAGGCCGCGCUACUUGCGAGUAAGGAGAAGGAGGCCGGUUCAUCAAAGUCGUCUUGA